CAUGUGACAAAGGAAAGUCAAAACAGGAACAAAAUGGCUGCAACUGGCGACGACGCCGCAGCCAUGGACAGCAUCUCCAGAGCACCAGCGGCCCAUUCAGCGGCUCUCAACCCGGUCGCAAGCUCCAGCAGUCAGGGAGAAGGACCGGAGGUUGUGGCAGAAAGCCCGGUGGUUGUUCCCAAAAAGCCCAACACAAACAGUGAUGGUGGUGUGGAGACAGCAGAGGAGGCUGUGGAGCCUGCAGAGCCUGAUAUCAAUGAGCUGUGUACUGAUAUGUUUGAAAAGAUGGCCGUCUUCCUCCAAGGAGAACUAACAGGAACUUGCGAGGAUUACCGUCUGCUGGAGAACAUGAACAAGCUUACCAGUCUGAAGUACAUGGAAAUGAAGGAUAUCAGCAUCAACAUCAGCCGUAACCUGCAGGAUCUCAACAACAAGUAUGCUAGCCUACAGCCCUACCUGGACCAAAUAAAUCAGAUUGAGGAGCAAGUUUCUUCACUUGAACAGGCUGCUUACAAACUGGAUGCGUACUCCAAGAAGCUGGAAGCCAGAUUCAAAAAACUGGAGAAGCGAUGAGCGGGAAGAAGAGGCAGACUGAGAGUUAUGGUGCCUUCUCACCUUCUUUAACCUGAACUCGGCCUUGCCUUCCUCUCUCCGUGCCAGCGGAGCCAGGAGCUGCGAGGAGGAUGUGAACUGAGACUGAAACAACAAACAGUCAGAGCCACUUAGACAACUAGAAACGACCAAGGAGGAAGCAGCUGAAGGCACAUGAAUUAGUACUGCAGCACUUGGCUUAGAUUUAACUCCUGUAUCAUUGAUCUUGGCAGCUGUCAUGCAGCCAAGAUGUACAAGAGUUUAUGGUAUUAUACCCUUGUUCCUUUGCAGGUACACGUUAUGUUGAAUAAAUCAGCCUAAUUACCCGCAUAACCUAACCGAGGGGUGGAAUCAGAUAAUACUAAUGUACUACUAAACAAAAAGAAACACUGAGACGUGUACCAUUGGAGUAUAUAGAACAUCUGUCAUAUGAAGAUAUUUACAAGAAGCAUGCUCCUAAAUGUGUUUUUAAGAAUAUCACAGCCCUCUGAUUCUGAACAUUUCAGGCAACUGAUCUGUUGACACAGACUUAUGGUAGUCUCAGUCUGUCAGAUUCAUUUGGAUUUGUUUAUUUCUCCAGGCACUACCACAAACUUAUAGAGAGUUUGCUACUAUUUAAAAAAAACCUACUGUGUAGAAAGCAGCUGCAAAUUAUACAUCUCUGUAGAGUGAGUUGAAGGUUUGUGGUUUUAAAUGAAAAGUAUUUGAUAUGAAUGAAUUAUUGCAUUAUGUCUAUACGAAGAUAUCGACACUGGAAACUGGAGGAUUUUUAAAUAAACCAUGAUGUGCACAUUA